UGCUCUUGCUCCUCCUCCUGCUUCUCCUGAUCUUCCUCUUCCUACUUCUCCUCCUUCUCCUUCUCUUGCUCCUGCUCCUCCCGCUGCUGUUCCCCCCUGUUCCCGCUGCCGACCCUUCCCUCCCCGCGGGGUGACGCGGCGGGUUCGUCAUCAGGCGGCGAUCGCUGUUGAGGUUCCUCUUUCUAAUGAUAAUGAAAAUGAACAGUCAAAAUCCAUUCAAAGAAAGAGAGUACUUCCGUCUUGGAUGCUGGAAAGAGAUCUCCUGGUUGAGAGGAUUUCCGAACCUGUAAUGAAAGAAGGUCAUAAAAUGAAAAUAGGCCGAGGAAGGGGAGAAAAUAAUAUGGAAUCAUUAAAAUCAGAAGUAAAUGUGCAGCAGGAAAAAAGAUUAGCUUCUGAAGAAGCUCUGGAAGAUUUUGAAAGUGAAGAGCAAGGUCAAUGGAAAAGGAGCUGUCUUUCCAUCCCUGUCCCUUCACCUCAGAGUACAUCUGGAUUUCCUCUUGAGAGUACCAUGAGAAACAUGGAAGGAAAUGGCAAGACUGGAACAAAAAACCCUGGAAAUUCUCUGGAGAAAAGUGAUAGGGAGCUGCAUAGUAAAUGCUCUAAAAGAAUAGGUCAGAUCUCCAGUAAAACAAGUAGAAUUGAGGAAACAGAAAACAAAGAGCAGAUCACUGGUUCUACAAGCCAACAAGCUCACUGGGGCAGGACUUCCCAAUGUUUUGGUGCCCAGGAAGGGAUUCUUGAGCCUGAUGAAAAUCUGGAUUACAAGACCGAGGUUUCUGAUUCAACAAGAAGUGCAGAUGCUUCAGAAAGCUCCAAACAGAUCAAGCAUAAGAGGACACCAUGCAUGUAUGGAAAAAACUGUUACAGGAAGAAUCCUGUUCACUUUCAGCAGUUCAGUCACCCUAAUGAUGAUGACUAUCAUGAAAUGGAGGUCGUAACUCAGGAUGAUAACGAUAACCGGCCUGAAUGUCCAUAUGGAACAGCUUGUUACAGGAAGAAUCCACAGCACAAGCUAGAAUACAAGCACAGUGCACCUCCAGUAACUGAAAGAGGAACCCUACAACGCAUGUCAAAGAAUAGAAAAAGGGCUGUGGAGAAGGACAAUGCCAAUGAUGAUGAACCAAAUGAAUAUGACCUUAAUGAUGGUUUUAUCGAUGAUGAGGAAGAGGAGUGUGAGCCUACUGAUGAAGACUCUGACUGGGAACCAAGUUCAGAAGACAAGGAUAAUGAAGAUGUUGAAACACUCUUGCAAGAAGCACAUAGAUUUAUUAAGACCAAAAAGUAGCUGCACAGAACAAAAUGAUGAACGUCUGAUCUGUUGUGUUAAAACUUGGAUGCACCAGAAAAGGAAUUGCUUUGAAAACUGUUCUUUCGUCAGUGAUGUAGGCAGUACAGGAAGAUUUUAGUGGGGUCAAGGAGGUGAUUCAGCAAUGUCUUUCUUUUCUGUGUGUAUUAUUUUGGUGGAUUGGGGUUUUUUUUCUUUGUUUUGUUUUAUUAAGUUCUGUAGCCAGAGGACCAAGUUCUGAAAGUGUUUUGGUUUUAAUUUUUGAUCUGUUUCUUCUGCAACACCACUGAUGUCUCAUAGUUGGAAAUACAGUUUUAAAGGUUGUUAAUACCUCGUCCUGUUAAGGCUUCAUUCCUGUGCUUGAAAUAAAUAUUGGCAUUAGGGAAGUCUUUUGUUUUACUCUGAAACUCACUACUGUGUUGAAUAAAGAGGAGUUUGGCUUCACACCUGCAGUAUUACAGACUAAAUCUUGGUCAUCACUGCGGGAUCUGUCUAAGUAAUUUUUUAAUGUUCUUAUAAGUUAGUGCCAUCUCAAACUUCAUUAGUCUGCUACCAGCUUUCCUUUUCGAAUUAAUUUCUUUCCUUCUCUUGAUGCACAGUAAAUACAGAUUGUCUACAUCACUUGAGAACAGUUUCCCUGUGUAUCGAACCACUUCAUUGUAUCAACAAUAAUUAUGGUGUAUUUGCUCUAAUGUAGUAAUGCCUCUUCCCAUACAUUACUGGAAUUAUGUUCAGUUCACAACAAGGCUGAUGUUCUGAUAACUUUAUUUUUGCACAAUUAAACUUUGGAAAAAGUUCUAACUGUGUCUGUGGUUUCUAAAGACUUCAUUGGAAGAUCUUGCCUUUAGUGUGUUUGCAACUUUCCUGAGGUUUCAAGCAAGUAAAUGAAAAAGUGUUACUGUCUUUCAGGACAGAUGCCUGGAGCCCUGUGAAUGGGGAACUUUUUUGGACACAAUCCUGAAAUCCAGCAGGGAAAGCAUGCUUGUGUGACUUUGACUCUUCUGUGAACCUCUGCCAAAUCCUAGCUGAAAAUAGACAUUCAAAUACACUUGAGCUUUUCAGUUGGGUGGCAAAAUGUUCUCUGAUGAAAAUAAAAUAGCCAUUGCUGCAAGCUGGCAUCAGGCUGCUUUUGGAUGCUGGAUCAUCUUUUGCCAAUUGAGUGUCAGAUCAAAAAUAGUAGAUUCUGAAAAUGUAAACAUUCAUAUUGGGCAGCUGUUCUGAAUUUGGAGAACAUCAGUUUCUGUUGGCCAGUCCUUACUGUUUGCUAAAGCUAUUUCACAGAGAAAGAAUCUGAUGAUUUCUGUGACCAUAAUCAUCCUCAAACAAAAGCAUUCUGUGUUGUAGCAUUAACUUGUGAAUGGCUCUUUAAGUGGGUCUCAGGAGCUUCUAGCCCUUACUUUGAAAGCAGAAACCUCCAGAAACACUGGAGGUUCCUGGUCAGAAAUAUAAUCACAAAAGCAAAUUUGGAAGCAAUGCUUGAGUUUGCAUGGUGGAUCAAGUUUUAUUAAUGAUACAGAAGGUCUGAAAAAAAGCAUGUAUUACUGAAGCAGCACGCUGGGAAAGUCAAAGCUGUAAUCAAGCUGCUCUAUGCCGAUAGACUGAAGUUAUCUCUGUUGAAGUGUAUUUUCCUAUACUUGUAUUCUUUCCUUAACAGUGGGAUAUAUUUUUAUUCUUCUGGAGGGGCAAACCUGUAAUUGCAGGAUAUUGAAAUAUUGCUUGGAAAUACUCUGUUUGAGGUACAGAUGAGACUAGGCAGACGCUUAGCAGACCCUCGAAUGUGAAAUUACCCAAUAUUUUUCAGGAAGGCACCACGACUUAGUAGGCCGAGUCUAGAGAUAGCCCUGUGAUUAGACUCACUCUGGUUGUAGCUUAUUCUGUAAAUAUAUUAGUGAAAUAAUAAAAGGUUUAUCUGACCAUCUCUGCCAAUUGCCUCCCAAAGGCAGAGUAUAACGUUUCACCAUAUAGUCUCUGCAUCAAAUUAGUCCAUAAUAUAUGCUUAUUAGCUCUGAAAAAAAGACUGAUGAAAUAUUUACCAGCCUCACUAAAGAAAAGGUGUUUUAAAAUGCUGUACUUCUGAAUGAAAUGAAUAAGAAGUGCAGUCACCUGAGAGGGUACCCAUCUGUUUUCAUAAGGUGGGGCUAAGACGGGUAAGCUCUCAGUUUGUGACUCAUAAUGCAAGAAACAAAUUUCUCCUCCUUUUAACUCACGAUACCUCUUUCAAACUGCCUCUGAACUCUUCCACUAAACCCUCAACUGAAUUUCCUUUUCUUCGUUUCAAGCCCAUUCCUCCUUGUCCUCUACACAAAGCAUGGGGAGAAGUUAAUUCCCUUUUUAUUGGCAGCA